ACUCUCACCCACUUUUUCCCGCCGUCUUAUCGUCUAAGGCUGGUGCCCGCUUUCUUCCUAUUAGCUAAUUGUUUGUGGUGUGCCAACUCCUCCUCGGACUUGGCCUGCAUGCCCUACAAGGCCACUAUCGGAGGACCCUGGAACGUGUUGCCCAAAUGCGCCUGUUUCGGUGACGGAGAAAUAUACUAGUCAUCUCGGUCGUCUCCGUGCAUCCUCCGACACCCAAUCAUUUCAAUAAAAUCAAUCCAGUAAUGGGCUGCCCGCUGCCCGAAACUGCAGCCUCUACGACCCCCCGCAUCAUGCACUACUAGAAAAAUGCCCGGAGCCGGUCUGGUUCGGCGGGAGAACCAGCUGGACUGACCCGCCAUGGUUCUCGAUCCAACUCCAUUUUCGCGGAUCAGCGCCGUCUUGUAUAAGUAGGCGUGCCCUGCAGCAUUGAUGAGGGGUUCGGUUGCAUUGCUGUUCUUUCUACCUCUCUCCCUUGUCUCUGCUGCCGCUGCCACUCCGCCGUUACGUCAGGAACUGCCUUCGCCAUGCGCUCUUCCAUCCAAUCUGGUCUUCUACUGGCCGCCUCUCUAUCGACCUCUCUGGUCGAGGCAGAGCGCGUUGUCGGGGCAUAUCUCUUUGCGCGUCACGGUGAUCGAACUGCCAAGAUUCUCGGUAACACCCAAUUGACCGAUCUCGGCUACAGCGAGGUCUAUGCUGCUGGCUCUUUCUACAAUGGCCGGUAUAUCCUCUCCAGCUCGGACAAGCACAUCGAGGGCAUCAGCUCUCUGAUCGUCAACUCUAAGCAGAUCAGCGCUAGCUCCCCGGCCGAUGCCGUGCUGCAAAACUCGGCCACUGGCUUCCUGCAGGGCGUGUACCCCCCGGCUGGCAACAGUGCCAACCAGACUCUGGCUAACUCGACGACCGUCGUGUCGCCCUUGCAGGGCUACCAGCUGAUUCAAGUCACCUCCAGCUCUUCCAGUAACAGCAAUGAGGGAGCUACCUGGUUGCAAGGCUCGAGUGACUGCCAGAAGGCUACCGUCAGCAGCAACAACUACUACACGUCGGACUCGUAUAACUCGAUGCUCCAGUCCACCAAGGACUUUUACCAGUCACUGUCCCCCAUGCUGAACUCGACCUUCACUUCGUCGCAGAUGACAUUUAAGAAUGCCUACUCUAUCUUUGAUUACUUGAAUGUGGCCCAGAUCCACAACUCCACCGACGAUUAUCCCGCCCUCAAGGAGCUGACGGAUGAGGACUACACCCAGCUGCUUCAGCUAGCCAACAACCAGCAGUACAAUCUGGCUUACAACAAGUCCGACACCGUUCGUGCUAUUGACGGGGCCGUGCUGGCCGGUGAAAUUCUGUCUAGCCUCAGCAACACCAUUACCACCGGCGGUGUGUCCAAGCUGGGUGUUUCCUUUGGUUCCUACGGAACUCUCCUGUCAUUUUUCGGUCUGAUGCAGCUGCCCGCUGCCUCGGUUGACUUCACCGGUAUCCCGGACUAUGCCUCUUCGAUGGUCUUUGAGCUCGUGACCAAUGCCACUGGCACGGGCAUUCCCGCCGAGAGCGAGCUCAGCGUGCGCUUCAUGUUCCACAACGGUACCAUCACCGGCUCGGCCGAGCCCACUGUCUACCCUCUGUUCGGCCAGUCAAAGGAUCUCCUCUCGUGGUCUGACUUCAAGACUGGCAUUGAGAAGAUUGCCGUCACCUCCGAUGCCCAGUGGUGUGACCUGUGCGGCAACACUGAGGGCAAGUGCGGUACCUCCACUGCCAGCACGAGCUCCUCCGACUCUUCCAGCUCAUCCGACUCCAGCUCCGGUGGCAUGUCUCGGGCCGUUGCCGGUGUGAUUGGCGCCAUGGUGACUCUGGCCGUGAUUCUGGGUCUGCAGGCCCUCUUCUUCCUGGUCGGUGGAUUCCGUAUCUCUAAGCGGAACAAGGCCGGCCCCGAGAUGGUCACCUCCGACAGUGCGUCCGCGGAGAAGAAGUAAAAUCUGCAGCAUGCUCUACAAAGUGAAACACGUUACAUAGUAUCUAUUAUGCGAUUGAUAAGCAUGUCUGUGGGUAUCAUUCUUGAUUGAGACUUGCUAUUCGAAUCUGAGAUGCGUUACGACUCGAUGCCAAAUAGGGGAUUAUAAUCAUCUAUUCCAUACCAGUACAUUUAUCUACCACUGUAGACUAGUAAAUUUGGGACGAUAAACGUCGCAUGGUUGGUGUCCAUAUUCGUUAGCCUUCAUUACAGAGUAUAGAUCAGACAAGAAGCCAAUCAUUCAUGGCCAUUACAGUCAUCCGGG